AUGGGAUCAGCCUCCUCAUCUGCCUAUGUACCAAAGAUUAUCUACUUGGAGAAAGACAAUGUUACACACAAGGUAAUGUUCAGCAGACACUGCAGACCCAGUGACAUUAAAGAGCUGUUAUGUACAACUGUUGGUCUCACCAGGAACACCUUGAUCAUGCUCAUGGACCAAAACAAUGCAAUUAUAUCCAUAGAUCCAACUAUGCCAACUAACUCAGUAAGUUCUCCGUACAGAGUGGUCCCUCUCAGUGACAGACAGCUCACAGAAGAAGAAGACUUGAUACAGAAUGUUCUGACGCAAGUUGCUGACCAGUUUUCAAAAAUUUUCAAAGUCAAUGACCUGAAAACUGAAAUCUCAAGCAGGUUGGCAGCAUUGGAAAAGAGGGUUGAAUUGGAAGGCUUAAAGAUGGUGGAAAUAGAGAAAUGUAAGAAUGACCUGAAGAUACUCAAGGAUGAAUUAUCCUUAGGCAGCAGAUCAAACACAUCUUGCAAGCACGCAAUCAUGGAGGAACCUAUAAAACUGACUCUGCAACGUGAUGUCCCAAAAUAUCCCAAGUACACACUAUCCCAGGAGACGAUCGAAGCACUGAAAAAGCCAACCUUUGAUGUCUGGCACUGGGAGUACAAUGAGAUGCUCAGCUGUCUGGAGUACAUGUACCAUGAUCUGGGACUGGUGCAGGAGUUUAACAUGAACCCCAUCACACUGAAACGCUGGCUGCUCAGCAUUCAGGAGAACUACCGGAAUAAUCCCUUCCACAACUUCCGGCACUGUUUCUGUGUGACGCAGAUGAUGUAUGGCAUGAUCCAUCUGUGUGACCUACAGGAGAGACUGAGUCUGACAGAUUUGCUGAUCUUAAUGACUGGAGCGAUAUGCCAUGAUCUUGAUCACCCUGGAUAUAACAAUGCGUACCAGAUCAAUGCCCGCACUGAGCUUGCUGUCCGCUACAAUGACAUUUCCCCACUGGAGAACCAUCACUGUGCUGUCGCCUUCCAGAUCCUCUCGCAGCCAGAAUGCAACAUAUUUGCUAAUGUGGACCCAGAGGUCUUCAAACAGAUCAGGCAGGGUAUUAUUACACUUAUCUUAGCGACAGACAUGGCUCGACAUGGAGAGAUAUUGGACUCAUUCAAACCAAAGGUUGCUACCUUUGACUUCUUGAAUGAAGAACACAAGAUAAGUCUGAAAAUGCUUCUUAUCAAAUGCUGUGAUAUUUCCAAUGAAGUCCGGCCAACCGAAGUGGCAGAUCCUUGGGUUGACUGUUUACUUGAAGAAUACUUUACACAGAGUGACAGGGAGAAAUCUGAAGGUCUCCCGGUAGCUCCAUUCAUGGAUCGCGAUAAGGUUACAAAGCCCACAGCUCAGAUUGGAUUCAUCAAGUUUGUCCUCAUACCAACAUUUGAAACACUGAUGAAAUUAUUCCCACAGAUUGAAGAAGCGAUGGUACAGCCUCUCCGAGAUUCUAGGGAUCGCUAUGAAGAACUAAAGCAGAUUGAUGAUGCCAUGAACGAGUUGCGGAAGAAAACAGAAAAUAUUCCCCUUGGAUGGAAGAAGAAAUGAUUUUCUUCGAUUUCAAACUACAGUUAUAUCUCUGGCUCUUCCACCUGGCUUGAAGAAAAUAUUGGAUAUUGAUG